CGCAAGACGGGUCUAUUUAUUCAGGACCGCUUAUUUAACGGCAGCCCCGAUGUUGAGAUGGGGUGAGGGACGCCACCGGCACCUUCUCUUCCUUCGCUUCCGUCUCUACGUGCACGCACCAACCACCGUUGCUACUGAUCACCAUCAACGCAUACACUUACGAGACGGCUCCGCGUGCUCAACAUGGAAGAAAAGCGUGUUGUUGAGAUCCUUUUUUGCCGAGAAGUCUGCUGCCAGAGUCAUCCGACUCUACCGUUUCCUCCUGUCUUCCAACGCAGAGCUCUGCAACUCCGCGUUCCUGCACGCCCUCAAGGCAUGCGCUUCAACGGCGGCGGCGCUUCCCGUAGGCAAAUCAAUUCACUCACAGGUUUGCAGGUUGGGAUUUUGCCACGACGUCUAUGUCUGCAAUUCUUUAGUCGACAUGUAUGCUAAAUCUGGGUGUUUAUCGGAAGCUCGCCAUCUGUUUGAUGACAUGCCAACCAGGAAUAUUGUAUCCUGGAACACAAUGGCUUCAGGUUAUAGCAUAAACGGGCUUUAUAACGAUGCACUGCAAAUUUGUUCCUUGUUGAAGACCAGCGGAUUAAGAUUAGACAAGGUUGGCUUGAAGAUUGUCAUUCCGCUUUGUGGACGGUUGCAGAGACUACGACUUGGGCAAGCUGCACACUCUCAUGUCAUUGCUUCAGGCCAGUUUUCAGAUUUGGAUUUGGUGGCAGCCAUUAUGGAUAUGUAUGUAAAGUGUGAGUGUUUGGACGACGCAGCACGGAUUUUCAACAAGAUAUUAGUCAAAGAUGUUGUCAUUUGGAACACCAUGAUUAGUGGGUUCUCAAGGUUUGCAGACUUAGAGCAGGCACUGGAGCUAUUUUGCCGGAUGCAGAAUGAAGAUGUGAAGCCCAGUGUGGUGACCGCUCUGCUUGCUCUGCAAGCAUGCGCCGGUCUAGCGAUUCUUUCUGCAGGGGAGGCUAUUCAUGGCCUCUGUAUCAGAAGCGGAUUAUAUCUUGAUAUCUCUGUCCAGACACUUUUGAUUGAUAUGUACUCAAAAUCUGGGAAACUGAAGUCCGCUUACAUGGUCUUCAGGGGGAUUAAGCAUAAAGCGACCAUUAAUUCGUGGAGUGCAAUGAUUUCAGGGUUUGGUAGGCAUGGACAAGGGGAAAGCGGUCUGGCGCUUUUCUUCAAAAUGUUGCAGAGAGGUCUAUAUCCUGACCGGAUCUGCUUUGUGUCACUCCUGUCCAUGUGCAGCCAUGCUGGUUUAGUAGAUGAUGGCUGGAAGUGUUUCAAUUAUAUGGUGCAUUUUGGCGUCUCACCUUCAAUGGAGCACUAUGCUUGUGUAGUUGAUCUUUUAAGUCGUGCAGGACAUCUGAAGGAGGCACUCGAAUUUGUUCGCAGGAUGCCAUUUGACCCAGAUGCCAGUAUCUGGGAAGCUAUCAUAGGGGGCUGCAAAAUCCAUAGUGAUCUUGAAAUGGCAGAAACAUUAAGGCAUCAUGUUAUGGACGUAGGCCCAAGGGCUAAAGGAUUUUAUUCACUUCUCUUAAGUUGUUAUGCUGCUAGAGGCGACUGGAAUGAGGUGCUGAAGAUGAGAACCUUGAUGCAAAAGAGAGGUGUAGAAAAAACACAAGGGUGGAGCAUACUGGAAAUGUAGCCGUGAAGCUAGUCAAGUGUGGAAAAGUGAGCGCUGUUAAUUGAAUCUUCUUUUGGAGGAGCUCAAGAAAUGCAAUCUAACAUCCCGAGUCUGUAAAGUUCUUGUUAAAUGUCGAUCGAAGAAUUUGCUAAUGCUUGUAUAUCUACUUGUUGUUUAUGAACAUCUAGGGACCACAUAAGGUAUCAGUUUAAUAUAUUUAUCC